GUCUCCUCAAACCUCCUGCCCGAACCCCGAACCCCGCUCGCCGUUCUCGCGUCUCGCCGAGUCGGAGCGCCAUGGCCAGCACGGGCGUGCUGCCGUUCGUCCGCGGCAUCGACCUGAGCGGGAACGACUUCAAGGGAGGGAACUUUCCUGAGCGCAUUGGGGCCAUGAGCAGUUUGCGGUGGCUGAAGCUGAACCACACGGGGCUGUCCUAUCUGCCCGAGGAGCUGGCGGUGCUACAAAAGCUGGAGCACCUGUCUGUGAGUCACAACCAGCUGACGACGCUGCACAGCGACAUCACCGCUCUCCCCUGUCUUCGGGCCAUUGUCGCCAGAGCCAACCAGCUGACAAACCCUGGGGUUCCUCCUGACAUCUUCAAUCUGGAAGACCUCUCUGUUCUGGAUCUUAGUCACAACCAGCUGACGGAGGUUCCGAAUGAAUUGGAGAAUGCAAAGAACAUGCUGGUGCUCAACCUCAGCCACAACAGCAUCGAGACGAUCCCCACGCAGCUCUUCAUAAACCUGACGGACGUGCUGUACCUGGACCUCAGCAAUAACCGGCUGGACAGUCUGCCGCCCCAGAUGCGACGCCUUGUCCACCUGCAGACACUCAUGCUCAACAACAACCCCCUGCUGCACGCACAGCUGCGGCAGCUGACAGCCAUGACAGCCCUGGAAACGCUGCACAUGAGGAACACGCAGCGUACACUCAGCAACCUGCCCACCCAGCUGGAGGCACUCACGCACUUGGCUGAUGUGGACCUUUCCCACAACGAGCUGGCGCGGGUCCCCGAGUGCCUGUACACCCUGUCCGCUCUACGCCGCCUCAACCUGAGCGACAAUCACAUCACGGAGCUGUCUCUGUGCAUGGACCAGUGGACGCAGCUGCAGACGCUGAACCUGUCGCGCAACCAGCUCACCUCGCUGCCGUCAUCGAUCAGCAAGCUGGCCAAGCUUCGCAAGCUGUUUGUCAACUCGAACCGGCUGGACUUCGAAGGGAUUCCCUCCAGCGUGUGGAAGCUGGGAAAUCUGGAGCAGUUCGUGGCAGCCGACAACAACCUGGAGCUCAUCCCCGAGAGCCUGUGCAGGUGUGCCAAGCUGAAGAAGCUCGUGCUCAACAAGAACCGGCUCAUCACGCUGCCAGAGCUCGUGCAUUAUCUCACCGACCUGGAGGUCCUGGACGUCCGAGAGAACCCCAACCUGGUGAUGCCCCCCAAGCCGGCCGACCGCUCGGAGAACUUGUACAACAUCGACUUCUCGCUGCAGAACCAGCUCCGCCUGGCGGGCGCUUCCCCUGCCGCCAUCGCCGCCGCCGGGGGCGGGCAGCCCGCUAAGGACCAUGUGGCGCGGAAGCUGCGUCUACGCAGGCGUCGCGAUUCCUCGCAGGACGACCAAGCCAAGCAGGUGCUCAAGGGCAUGUCUGACGUGGCCCACGACAAGAACAAGACCUUGGCGGAGGGAGGCGACGUGCGCUACACGGAGGUGAAGAGCCGCCGCUGGGACGAGGGCCUAGCCAAGCCGCAGCUCGACUACUCGGAGAUCUUCACUGAGGACGUAGGCCAGAUCCCCGGCGUGUCCGUGUGGCACAUUGAGAACUUUGUGCCACAGCUGACCGAAGAAUAUUACCAUGGCAAGUUCUACGACGCUGACUGCUACAUCGUGCUGAGGACAUUCAUCGACGAAAACGGGGCAAUCGCUUGGGAGAUCUACUACUGGAUCGGGGCGAAGGCAACGCUCGACAAGAAGGCGUGCGCCGCCAUCCACGCCGUGAACCUGCGCAACUUCCUGGGCGCCGAGGGGAGGUCGCAGCGGGAGGAGAUGGACGACGAGAGCGAAGAAUUCCUCGCUGUGUUUGAUGGCUCCAUAUCGUACAUUGAAGGGGGAACUUCUAGCGGAUUUUUCACGGUGGAGGAAAACGCCCACAUUAUCCGAUUGUACCGCUGUCACGGUACACAAAGCAUCCACCUGGAGGCAGUAGCACUCAAGGGAAGCUCGUUGGACCUACGCUUUGUGUUUAUGUUGGACGCUGGGAACACCAUCUACAUCUGGAAGGGACGACGUGCCGGCCUCAACGCCAAGACCAAGUGCAGGCUGUUUGCGGAGAAGAUCAACAAGAAUGAGCGCAAGGGUCAAGCCGAAAUCCUGAUGGUGGCGCAGGGCGAGGAGCCCGAGGAAUUCUGGACAACCUUAGGGGAGCAACCUGACUCGAUUGAGCCUCACGUGCCUGCCGACUUCGUUCCCUGCACGCCCAAACUCUUCAGGGUGGGCCUGGGCCAGGGCUAUUUGGAGCUACCGCAGGUGAACUACCGGCUGUCUGUGGAGCACAAGAACAAGAAGCUGUGCGCUCAGCUGAUGCCCGAGCAGAGGCUGGUGCAGUCGUUGAUGGACACGAGGAGCGUGUACCUGCUCGACUGCCACUCGGACGUCUUCAUCUGGAUGGGGCGCCACUCCCCGCGCCUGCUGCGCGCCGCCGCGCUCAAGCUGGGCUCCGAGGUGUGCGCCAUGCUGCCCCGCCCGCGUCACGCCAUCGUGCUCAAGAACAUCGAGGGCACCGAGUCUCAGAUCUUCAAGUCCAAGUUCAAAAACUGGGACGACAUCCUGGCGGUGGACUACACGCGGAGCGCCGACGCCGUGGGUCGAGCCACCGGCCUCGAUGGCAAGGUGCAGCAGGACGCUGCUCCCCGGCAGCAGCAGCAGCUCAAGGCCGACCUCUCGGCACUCUUCUACCCUCGCCAGCCGCCCAUGCCACUGUCUGAGGCUGAGACGCUGAUGGACGAGUGGAAUGAGGACCUGGAGGGAAUGGAGUCGUUUGUGCUGGAGGGCAGGAAGUUUGUGCGUCUGCCCGACGAAGAGUUUGGCCACUUCCACACACACGACUGCUAUGUCUUCCUGUGCCGGUACUGGGUGCCGCUGGAGCGCGCAGAGGAUGGGGCGGAGGAGGAGGAGGAGGCGGGAGAGCAGGACAGCCAGAUGGAGGAGGACCUGCAGUCUGUCGUCUACUUCUGGCAGGGCCGCGAGGCCUCCAACAUGGGGUGGCUCACCUUCACCUUCAGCCUGCAAAAGAAGUUCGAGAGUCUCUUCCCCGGCAAAAAGAUGGAGGUGGUGCGCAUGACCCAGCAGCAGGAGAACCUCAAGUUCCUGUCGCACUUCAAGCGCAAGUUCCUUAUCCACAGGGGCAAGCGGCGCGCCACAGAGAACGCUCUGCAGCCCAGCCUCUUCCACCUGCGCACCAACGGCAGCGCGCUGUGCACACGGUCCAUUCAAGUGAAUACGGACGCAAGUCUCCUGAACUCGGAAUUCUGCUACAUAUUGAAGGUUCCUUUCAACAGCGAGGACAGCCCAGGGAUCGUGUACGCCUGGAUUGGCCGUGCCGCUGACCCAGAUCAGGCCAAGCUGGCGGAGGAAAUAAUGAACACCAUGUUCAGCAGCGACUACAGCAAGCAGGUGGUGGACGAGGGAGAGGAGCCGGAGAACUUCUUCUGGGUGGGGAUCGGGGGUAGCAAGCCUUACGAGGAGGACGCUGAGUACAUGAAGUACGCACGCCUCUUCAGAUGCUCGAAUGAGAAGGGCUACUUUGCCGUGUCAGAGAAGUGUUCCGACUUCUGUCAAGACGAUUUGGCAGAUGAUGACAUCAUGCUGCUUGACAACGGGCAGGAGGUCUACAUGUGGGUGGGCACUCAGACCAGCCAGGUGGAGAUCAAGCUAAGCCUGAAGGCCGUUCAGGUGUACAUCCAGAACAUGCGCAGCAAGGACACCGGUCGCCCGCGCAAGCUCAAGCUGGUGCGCAAGGGCAACGAGACGCUGUACUUCACGCGCUGCUUCCACGCGUGGGGGGAGUUCCGCAAGCAGUGCGAAUGAGCGGUGACGCACCCCCAGGCUCGCUCGCAAAAAAAAAACACUUAAACCUCGCGAUCGUAAAAAAAAAAACUAACAAGUAUAAAAAUGUCACGGUCGCUCCCUUAUUCACCCCGUACAUCUGCUCACAACUCUCUUCUUUCCGUUAUUUGCCUUUUAAAGGUUGAUCCGUUUAUAAAUGCCCCACUGAAAUACUAGGGGAGAUGUUAUAGGAAAGGGGAAAAAAAACCUAUGCAGUAGAACCCUUCUUCACGACCACCCCGGUUAACCACUAAUCGCUUAACAACAGGCCUCCGUAGAGCACAAUGUGUUCGCUUACCGACUAUUCCCCUGUUAACGACGGGCUGUUUUAGGUACAGUAAAUAUGAAUGAAUCCAUUGAUUAACCAUGUUUCCUUUAAUAUGCGUUUACAAUGUUAGGAUCUUUAUGCAUUAAUAUCCAUUGUUUAAAUAUUAUCAAGUCCGUUUUUUGGGUGAAAAAGGGUAACUUUCGAUGCUAUCGGAAGGAAUUAAGCCAUUAACGUGUAUUUCCUAUACUCACUUAAUGACCGGUUUCGUAGAACUAAUUGCCGUCGUUAAGAGGGGUUUUGCUGUAUUUUAAUUCACAAGGCCGCAUACGUGUCUCGCACCAAUCCCAAGACGCUUACCGCCUUUCCUUCCCGUUCGCCUGUAAGAUGUGAGAGGUGACACGGUCCAGUGGUCGCACGUUCGGGUCCAGCGGGGUCACACGUUCGAAUCUCGCGGCCGCCCUGGUUAAUGAUUGGGCACCAGACAUUUAGUAGCAAGUGUCGGAGCACGAUGGCCUCUUCCGCAAGACCCGACCAUGUGAGUUGCAGCUCGAUCACAUCCAUUUGCAGUCCACACUGGCAAAUUAUGAAAAAUCUUAACUGCCAACCGCGUUCAUGGAUACGGCGCGUUAUUAACCGUAAAAAUACUUAAAAAGCCCUCUUGCGUCACAGUGAAUGUUAAGGAUCCCGUGACAUCAUUCAAUUGCGUGCCGGCGGUCACGGUGCAAAUUUGCCAAAUUUGAAGAACCGUGCCGCAGAUCGCUCGGUUGGAGUAUACACGCGGCACUCACCGGCCCCUGCCGUGACAAAUUGGCAGGACCCUCCGG